AACGGAUUAAUAACAGUAGCCAACCAUCUGGAUCUCCAAGUACCCAACAUUCACAGGCCAUGGAUGACAACACAUUCAUAGCUUUUUAACUUUAUUUUCUUUCUCCUCCCCCUUUUCUUUAUCUUAGUUGGAAUGGAUCAAGAAGCUUUUUCUGAGUCAAAGUCGCCGCCAUCUCAAUAAAUUUCUUAGGGGUUAUAAGGAAUAACCAGAGUUUAUAGCUUCCUUUAAUUUUUUUUAUUUUUCUUCUAGGUUUGUCUUUGUCGUGUGACAUAGCUAGGUCCCCUGCGGUGAAUUAAAUAUAGAGAAACAAGACACGCUCACUUGCAGUGAUUCAAAUCAGAAAGAGCCAAUAGGCCUCAGCCCUCACCUGGGGGAAUGUAUAUGGUGGAAAACACUCCAACCCUGAUGUCGAAAACAGAGGAGGAAGAGGCAGAGGAUGAAGAAGCAUUGUCUCUCAGCGAUCUUCCGGUUGUCGAAACAUUGAAGAAUGAGAAGGAAUCGGGUAAUCAAAGUCGAGUAUUGGAAGAAUUACAAGAAGAAGAAUUCGAGUUUGGGUCAGGGGGUGCUGGUUCUCUUUUGAAAGAAUCCGAUAUGUGUGCUGCCGAGGACGUUUUCUUUCAAGGGCAGAUCCUCCCUCUGCGUCUCUCCGUCAGCUCCGACGGUGGAAUUGCCCGGAUCGGACAGGAUAGUCGGAACCCUUGUAGGUGUGCUUCGAGAUCAGAGUCCAUGGAUCAUGGUUUCACUAGCAGUAGCAGGAGUAGUAGUAUCAGGAGCGGUAACUCUAACUCAUCCUCUAGUGGUAGCUCCGUGACCACCACUAUUACCAGGAGGAGUGGCGGUGGGUACAGGGAGAGAGAUCUCUCGCGGAAUCAUUUUCAUGCCCACCCAAGUCCAAGACCACAGAUUUGGCAAACCACUUCUCCGGCCGGAAAUGGUGGUAGUCGGAGCCGGGGAUCGACGGCGUGGGGUCUUUUCCGACCGGGUUUGGUUCGGACGCCGGAGAUAGAGUUGCAUGAUCUAAAGCUGAAGCUUCGGAAUAGGAAUAAGAGUUGUGAGAGCAACAACAACAGAAAGGAGGAGUCGAAGAAGCAGGAGACGAAAUUGAUGAAAACGACGACGCAGAGGAUAAAGGUGAGGAUGUUUGAAAGGUUAACUAGUGGGUGUAAGUGUUCAGUAAGUGCAGUUGAAACAGUCCCUUCGAGGUUAAAGAAGGUGAGUGCGAUUGAAAGAGAAGAGAACGAAGAACAACUGCAGCAGAAGCAGCAGCAACAGGAGCAGAACAAGCAGGGGAAACAAGCCAUGGCCCACCGUCGAACCUUUGAGUGGUUAAAGCAGCUUUCGUUGGCAGAUCUGCAGCAGGAGGCAUAGAUUAGAUAGAGAGGCACGCUUGCCUUUUCUACUUUCUAUCUCUCUCUCUCUCUCUCUCUCUCUCUCUCUCUCUCAUCAUUAUGAUUUAUGAUUUUGAUUUGUACUCUGUCAGUCAUUGCGAAUGUAAGGAAUUUCAAGAAGGGCUCUGUUCCCUAAGAACCUUAUUUAAUCUAAUAUCUUUCUCUUUGGCCUU